CAUUCUACUUUGCAAAAAGAGAAACUAUGUUUGGGGAGGAAUCCUAUCUCUGUACUUAUUUUUCAGCUUCAGCAAGGGUUGGUCGGAACUUUCCAUCACUUUCCUUUUUUUCCUCUCUCUCUCACCGUGGCCUACACUGCUCUGCCUGUCACAGCGAAGUCAGCAGCAGGCCUCUAGAAGUCAGCGGCCGUGAAACUGUGAAAUUUGUCAUACGGGUGUCAGGUAUUUCUUACUGACUUCCCAAGAACUUUGAUAAAGAAAUCUUUCCCGGGGGUCCCUGACAGGCUGCAGGCCACCGUCUAGAGUUGAAGAAGGAAGAGCUAGAGGACUACCGCAAAGGAGCAGAGCGAAAGAUGCCCCAGGGCUGCAGGCCAACCCAGGGGGACACGCUUGGGGUCAGACGUACCCACUCUGCCCGGGCUAUGCUCAAGCAAAGUCAAGUCAUUUUCUGUUGAAAGUUCAAGCCCAUCAAGAUUAUGCUGCUCGUCCUAGUCAUUCUGUUGCCGGUAGUUUUUAAAUGUAGUUCUGCUAGUCUCUCAGUCCUGGAACACUGGAACUGCCCUGAAGCCUCUCCCCCAGGAAAGGGAAAUUCUACUUGUGUGGGUCCUGCACCCUUCUUAAUUUUCUCCCAUGGAAACAGUAUCUUUAGGAUUGACCUGGAAGGAACUAAUCAUGAGCAAUUGGUGGCAGAUGUUGGUGUAUCAGUGAUCAUGGAUUUUCACUACAGUAAGGGAAGAAUCUAUUGGGUAGAUCUAGAAAGAAAACUUCUGCAAAGAGUUUUUCUGAAUGGGACAAGGCAAGAGAAAGUGUGCAAUAUAGAGAAAAAUGUUUCAGGAAUGGCAAUAAAUUGGAUAAAUGAAGAACUUAUUUGGUCAAAUCAACAGGAAGGAAUGAUUACAAUAACAGAUAUGAAAGGAAACAAUUCCCGAGUUCUCUUAAGUGCCUUAAACUAUCCUGCAAAUGUAGCAAUUGAUCCAGUAGAAAGGGUUAUAUUUUGGUCUUCAGAGGUGGCUGGCAGCCUUCACAGAGCAGACCUGAAUGGCCUGGGAGAGAAGAUUCUGUUAGAGACGUCAGGAAGAGUAACAGCUGUGUCAGUGGAUGUGCUUGAUAAACGGCUUUUUUGGAUUCAGUACAAUAGAGAAGGAAGCAAUUCUUAUAUUUGUUCCUGUAAUUAUGACGGAGGUUCUGUCCAUUUUAGCAAACACCUUACACGGCACAAUUUGUUUGCAAUGUCCCUUUUUGGUGAUCGGAUCUUCUAUUCAACAUGGAAAAAGAAGACAAUUUGGAUAGCUAACAAACACACCGGGAAAGAUAUGGUUAGAAUCAACCUCGACCCAUCAUUUGUACCACCUGGUAGAAUCAAAGUAGUUCAUCCACUCUUACAGCCCAAGGCAGAGAGUGAUGCUUGGGCACCUGAUCAGAAACUCUGCAAAUGGAGGAAAGGUAGCUGCAGAGGCAGCAUGUGUGGUCAAGGCUCUAAGUCCCAUUUGUGCACAUGUGCGGAGGGAUAUACUUUAAGCCAAGAUGGAAAGUACUGUGAAGAUGUCAAUGAAUGUGCCUUUUGGAAUCACGGCUGUACUCUUGGGUGUGAAAACAUCCCUGGAUCUUAUUAUUGCACAUGCCCUGUAGGAUUUAUUCUGCUUCCUGAUGGGAAACGGUGUCAUCAGUUAAUUUCCUGUCCAAGCAAUAUAUCCAAGUGUAGCUAUGACUGUGUUCUGACAUCAGAUGGUCCUGUAUGUUUCUGUCCUGAAGGCUCAUUGCUUGAGACAGAUGGAAAAACAUGUAGUGGCUGUUCGUCACCUGAUAAUGGUGGGUGUAGCCAGCUCUGCCUCCCUCUCAGCCCAGUCUCCUGGGAAUGUGGUUGCUUUCCUGGGUAUGACCUACAACUGGACAAAAAAAGCUGUGUGGCAUCAGGACCGCAGCCAUUUUUACUGUUUGCCAAUUCUCAAGAUAUUCGACGCUUGCAUUUUGAUGGAACAGCGUAUGGAACCCUGCUCAGCCAGCAGAUGGGAACAGUUUUUGCCCUUGAUUACGACCCCGUGGAAAAUAAGAUAUAUUUCGCCCAUACAGCCUUGAAGUGGAUAGAGAGAGCUACUAUGGAUGGUUCCCAGCGAGAAAGGCUUAUUGAGGAAGCUAUAGAUGUGCCAGAAGGUCUUGCCAUAGAUUGGAUUGAGCGUAAAUUCUACUGGACGGACAGGGGGAAAUCUCUCAUUGAAGGGAGUGAUUUAAAUGGAAAACAUCGUGAAAUAAUCAUCAAGGAGGACCUCUCUCAGCCACGAGGAAUUGCUGUUCAUCCAAUGGCCAAGAAAUUAUUCUGGACUGAUAUGGGGAUUAAGCCACGGAUUGAAAGUUCUUCCCUUCAAGGCGUUGGCCGACUGGUUAUAGCUAAUUCUGAUCUGGUCUGGCCCAGUGGAAUAACAAUUGAUUACUUAACUGACAAAUUGUAUUGGUGUGAUGCCAAGCUGUCUGUGAUCGAAAUGGCCAAUCUGGAUGGUUCACAACGCCAAAGACUUGUCCAGAACGAUGUAGGGCACCCUUUUGCUGUGGCUGUGUUUGAGGACCAUGUGUGGCUCUCGGAUUGGACUAUGCCAUCGGUAACAAGGGUGAACAAGAGGACGGGCAAAAACCGGGUACGUCUCCGAGGCGGCAUGCUGAAGCCCUCAUCACUGGUUGUAGUCCAUCCAUUGGCAAAACCAGGAGCACAGCCCUGCUUACAUCAAAAUGGAGGCUGUGAACAUAUUUGCAAAGAGAGGUUUGGAACUGCCCAGUGUUUGUGUCGUGAAGGUUUCGUGAAAGCCCCAGAUGGCAAAAUGUGUCUGGCUCUGAAUGGCCAUCAGAUACCGGCAGGUAGUGAAGCCGAUCGAGGAAUGCCAUUGGAUGUCUCAUCCAGGAAUAGAGGAUCUGAAGAGAGCAUUACAGAAUCUCAGAGUUUGCUAGUGGCUGAGAUCAUGGUAUCAGACGCUGAUGACUGUGGUCCUGUGGGAUGCAGUUCACAGGCUCAGUGUGUUUCCGAGGGAGAAAAUGCUACAUGUCAAUGCUUGACAGGAUUUACUGGGGAUGGAAAAGUAUGUUUUGAUAUAGAUGAAUGUGAGACGGGCAUCACUGUUUGCCCUCCCACCUCCUCUCAGUGCGUCAAUACUGAAGGUGGCUAUGUCUGCCGGUGCUCAGAAGGCUACCAAGGCGAUGGGAUUCACUGUCUUGAUAUUAACGAAUGCCAAUUGGGCAGGCACACCUGUGGGGAAAAUGCCACCUGUACAAAUACGGAGGGAAACUACACCUGCAUGUGUGCCGGCAGCCUGUCUGAACCUGGGCGGAUAUGCACUGACUCUACUCCCCCUUCUCAUCUCAUGGAGGACGGCCACCAUUCUGUGAGAAAUGGUUUCCGGGAAUGCCCCUCAUCCUAUGACGGCUACUGCCUCCAUAACGGUGUGUGUAUGUACAUUGAAGCAGUUGACACAUACGCAUGCAACUGUGUCUUCGGCUACGUUGGGGAGCGCUGUCAGCACCGAGACUUGAGAUGGGAACUGCGCCACGCUGGCCAGGGGAGGCAGCGGCAAGUCACCGUGGUGGCUGUCUGCGUGGUGGGGCUCGUCCUGCUGCUGCUGCUGGGGCUCUGGGGGGCUCACUGCUACAGGACUAAGAAGCUGUCAUCAAAAAAUUUAAAGAAUCCUUAUGAAGACUCGAACAGAGAAGGUAGCAGUAGCAGGCCUACAGACAGCCAGGCUAGGAUGGCCUCCUGUCCCCAGCCUUGGUUUGUGGUGAUAAAGGAACACCAAAAUCUCAGGAGUGGAAGUCAACCCGUGACCCUCAAGGACGGUGAGGCAGCAGAUGUUAGCCAGUUCUCCUCUCUGGAGCCAGGCAAGUGGCAUAUGAAGAUGGGGCUAAGAGCAGAGCCCUAAACCCCUGGGUCAGAAUUUCACAAGGUGUUGUACACAAAUAUCAAGGCAGGUUAAACAUUCAAUUUCACUUUUACAUUAAAAUGACCCUCUUAGACAUAUAUGUUUGGGAUAUGUUGGUCAUUUAUUCAUCAAGUUUUAUGCAUUGGAUAAAGAGCAUUAAUUAUGACUAUAUUUGUUUUAUGAGACAACAUUGUACAGUUUAUCUAUGUCCAGGUAGAUCUGGGAAAAUAAUUUUUUUUUUUGCUUUUACCUAUUGUUUUAAAGGCAAGAUGCUUAUAAGCUAAAGAGGUUUUUGAGAAACCUCAUAAAGCUUCUGAAAAUAUCAAUUGACUUUCCAUACUGCAAAUUAUGUGUUAUGAGAAUAACCCCUUUGUCUAUAUAUUCUAGGGAGAUAGUUCUCUAACACUUGUUGGCAGCUGUUAAACAAAUAGAAAUACACUGUCAAAUGUGGACAUUAGUUUUAAAUACGUAUUAAUUUGUUAGAGCUGGAGACAGCAGCACAAAAGACACAGGUGGUGGCUUCUAAUGAUAGGUAAGCAAAUAUAUAAUUAGAGUUCUAGAACUACUUGAUCUCUGUCAACAGCCACUUUCCAAAAUUUUUCACUAUCAUCACCAGCUUUUAUUAGUAUUUCCACCUGUUGCCUUAAUGGUAAGGAAAUACCACCUAAAAGCAGUAUGACAAUGACUGGGUUAUGAUUGAGCUUUUAAACCAUUUAUACCCAAAUCCCAUUUGAGCCUACCUAGUCUUAUAGAUGUGGGUGUGUAUGGCAGUUUGCACUAUCAAAAAGACUUUGAAUCUGUAGAAUUAAAAUAUUUUUCUCCAGAAUUAUAUCUUACAUUUGCAUUGUGGCUUCUGAUUAUUGUAUUCCUUAUCUUAUUUGAUCUCAUUGGUUCUCACAUCCAAUCUAAAAAAUUUAGUGGAGCAGAUAUUCUUUCCAUUUUACUUGUUCUUAAAGAUUGUAUCCAAAGUUGAAGGAAAUUAAAGAUGAAUAAUAAAA